GCCGGUGGCCGCCGAGGGGGCCCGCCCAGGCGACCCGCCCUCCCCGCCGCGGCACAGACGGACAGAUCGACGGACGGCGCUGCGUGCCGGAGGCGCCCGGCCAUGUUCAGCCGCAGCUCGCGGAAAAGACUGUCCAGCCGCUCGUUGACCGGACUGGGGCGGAUAGAGAGAGGCCAGCCAUGUAACGCCUGCGGUGACCAGUGUCCUGGGUUUGCCUUGCAUAAAUGGAGGAAGAUCUGCCUGCACUGCAAGUGUCCCCAGGAGGAGCACAUGGUGACGGUGAUGCCCCUGGAGAUGGAGAAGACCAUCAGCAAACUCAUGUUCGACUUCCAGAGGAACUCCACGUCGGACGACGACUCGGGCUGUGCCCUGGAGGAGUACGCCUGGGUGCCCCCCGGGCUGAAGCCCGAGCAGGUGCACCAAUAUUACAGCUGCCUGCCAGAAGAGAAAGUCCCCUAUGUCAACAGCCCCGGAGAGAAACUGCGAAUCAAGCAGCUGCUGCACCAGCUCCCGCCACAUGACAAUGAGGUUCGAUACUGCAACUCCCUGGAUGAGGAAGAGAAGAGGGAGCUUAAGUUGUUCAGCAACCAGAGGAAACGUGAAAACCUGGGCAGAGGGAAUGUCAGGCCCUUCCCUGUCACCAUGACAGGAGCCAUUUGUGAGCAGUGCGGAGGCCAGAUUAAUGGCGGGGACAUCGCCGUGUUCGCCUCGCGCGCCGGCCACGGGGUUUGCUGGCACCCGCCUUGCUUCAUCUGCACCGUCUGCAACGAGCUGCUGGUGGAUCUGAUCUACUUCUACCAAGACGGGAAGAUCUACUGCGGCAGGCACCAUGCCGAGUGCCUGAAGCCGCGCUGCGCCGCCUGCGAUGAGAUCAUCUUUGCAGACGAAUGUACGGAAGCAGAGGGGCGGCACUGGCACAUGAAACACUUUUGCUGCUUCGAGUGCGAGACGGUGCUGGGCGGCCAGCGCUACAUCAUGAAGGAGGGGAGGCCCUACUGUUGCCACUGCUUCGAGUCCCUGUAUGCGGAAUAUUGUGACACCUGUGCCCAACAUAUAGGGAUUGACCAAGGUCAGAUGACCUAUGACGGGCAGCACUGGCACGCCACCGAGACCUGUUUCUGCUGUGCUCACUGCAAGAAGUCCCUCCUGGGGCGGCCGUUCCUCCCGAAGCAGGGCCAGAUCUUCUGCUCCCGGGCCUGCAGCGCCGGGGAGGACCCCAACGGCUCCGACUCUUCGGAUUCCGCCUUCCAGAACGCCCGAGCCAAGGAGUCCCGUCGCAGCGCCAAGAUCGGCAAGAAUAAGGGCAAGACAGAGGAGGCCAUGCUGAACCAGCACAGCCAGCUGCAGGUGAGCUCCAACCGGCUGUCGGCCGACGUGGACCCCCUGUCGCUGCAGAUGGACCUGCUCAGCCUGUCCAGCCAGACGCCCAGCCUCAACCGGGACCCCAUAUGGAGGAGCCGAGAUGAGCCCUACCAUUACGGGAACAAGAUGGAGCAGAACCAGGCCCAGAGCCCCUUGCAGCUGCUGAGCCAGUGCAACAUCAGGACUUCCUACAGUCCGGGGGGACAGGCGGCCGGCGCCCAGCCCGACAUGUGGCCCAAGCACUUCAACAACCCCAAGAGGAGCUCGUCCAUGGCCAUGAAGGGACACGGCGGCAGCUUCAUCAAAGACUGCCGGGAGGACUAUUACCCAGGGAGGCUCAGGUCCCAGGAGAGCUACAGUGACAUGUCCAGUCAAAGCUUCAGUGAGCCUCGAGGCAGCAUCCAAGUCCCCAAGUACGAGGAGGAGGAGGAAGAGGAGGAGGAGGAGGAGGGCGGCGGCAUGUCGGCGCAGCAGUGUCGGCCCCGCCAUCCCAUCAGCUCCCUGAAGUACACGGAGGACAUGACGCCCACCGAGCAGACCCCCCGCGGCUCCAUGGAGUCGCUGGCCCUGUCCAACGCCACAGGUAGGUUCCCGGGAGAGCGCUGGGGGCGCAGCGCUGGGUGGCUGGGCGCUGGUCCUCGGGACCUCAGGGUCUUUCCCACCACCUGCCGGCUGCCAAGGACCAUCAGCCCGGGUUCCAGGUGGCUUCUGUCCUUGCUGAGGUUCCCUCUAGGUGGCCUGAUCAUGGAGGGCCACCUGGCCAGCGACCGCGAGGCCAUGUCGCGAUUGAAAGAAAGGCCCUCCCUGAGAGCCCGCGAGGACUACGACCAGUUCGUGCGCCAGCGGAGCUUCCAGGAGAGCCUGGGGCAGGGGCCCCGGAGGGACCUGUACGGCCAGUGCCCGAGGACUGUCUCGGACCUGGCUUUGCAGAAUGCGUUCGGGGAACGCUGGGGACCGUACUUCACCGAGUACGACUGGUGUUCCACCUGCUCCUCAUCCUCCGAGUCUGACAACGAGGGCUACUUCCUAGGAGAACCCAUCCCGCAGCCAGCCCGCCUGCGGUAUGUCACCAGUGACGAGCUGCUGCACAAAUACAGCUCCUACGGCGGCGGCGGCGGCGGCGUCCCCAAAUCCUCCUCCACGUUGGGGGGCAGAGGACAGCUGCAUAGCAGGAAAAGACAGAAGAGCAAAAACUGUAUCAUUUCGUAAUAGGAUGGGGGUCGGAGGGAACGGGGGUAGGGGGGGCGAUGGGAACCAAGAAUGUACAUUCAGAAACUUGCACUGUUUUUGAUUUUAAAGCGCUUUGGGGGUGGGGGUGGUUCGUGGGGGGAGAAAAAGGGAGCGUUCUCAGCUGGAGGCAAGGUUACAGACGGACUCAAUAGGUAGUCACAGUUCUUAGCAUGUUGAAUAUCAUGUGCACCUUUCACGUUGGAAACACAAUAGAGUCAAUGGAGGCCCUUUCCCAUCAGUCAUGUGUUGAGUGGCUGCUUACGAGGUGACAAACCCUUUCCUGCUCGAUUAUUUCCUCUCUGGUACUCUUACUUUUAGGACUCCCUCCCCGACCCCCCCCCUUUUUUUUUUCUUUUUCAGUAAGUAAUUUGUUUAUUAGCCAAGACCCAAGACUAAGUUAUUUACAUGUCCAUUGUAAAUGCAUUGUAAAUGAGAGUUCUGAUAAAAUAUUUUUGUAUUUUGUAAUAUCAAAGGAAUUUCUAUAUCGUAGGACUCCGUGGGGUCUUUGCAUGCUCAUCUGGCCUUGUCUUUGAGUAGUAUUAAAAGGUGGCCCAGGACCACCACCCCUUUUUUUUUUCUUUUUCCUAUACAAAUUUGUUAUAUGUCAGUGAGACCUUUUUUCAAAGGAGUGUAUUCAAUCUGGCUUUUUGUGGCUGAAAAAAAAAAAAAAUUUACCCAAAGUAUUUUAUGCUCCAUUUCAUCUUAAGGAGCCAUCCUUAAGCCCGCUCCCAACCUUGGUAGGAUUUGUUCUCUACAAAGUGAUAGUAAUUUUUUUUUUCUUAAUUGCAAAUGUAACUUUUGCCGAUUUAAUCAACCAGUGUCAGUCAAGUUGCGUGAGAAAUGCCAUCCCUUACCCGGGAACAUUGAAGUUGCUUAAUAUUGAUCUAUCCCUCGGGAAAAAUUAAAGUGACCGUGAGUGGUGGUGCCGUUGUGUGCUGUCAGCAUGACAUUGUUCUGAAUGUGGCAUUAUUUUUCUGGUGCUCCUGUUUCCUGGAUCGUUGUAUCUAUCUGCUUUCCUUUCCCAAGGCAGACAGAGCUGCUGCCGUCGCCUGACAACCGGUUGUCCUCAGAGCAAAUGAACUUAAACUUAAGCGUUUAGAUUCGAGGGAUGGGAUGGUUCUGAGGGGCUCUGGGAGCCAGGGUGUGUUGGAUGUUAUGCUGGAGGAAGGAACAAAGCUGUUUGAGGACAGGAAGGUCAAGGUCAAGGUUAAGAUAGGAGGGGAAGAAGAAGUAAGUAUAUGAAAGAAGGACUUCCGCAGAGGAAAUGGAGGAACAGUCCCCUUAUGCUUGCAGAGAGAAGCUGGUUCCACAAGCGUAGUAACCUGAGUUCCCCAGGAAGGUCCAGCUGCUGAGAUUUCAGGGUCAUGACUUGGGAAAAAAAAAAAAAAGACUUUGUUGAAAGAGAGAUUCCCAUUUUGAACUUG